AUGCCUUCCUUCAAGAACUCCGUUGUCCUUUCCGCCCUUGCUGGCGCCGCCUCCGUCAUGGCCCACGGCCACGUCAACUACUUCAACGACGGCGCCGAGAAGUUCGAGGGCUACGACGUCACCAAGCUGCCCUACCAGAACCCUGCCCCCGAUGUCUACGGCUGGGCCAACGGCGCCACCGACAACGGCUUCGUCGCCCCCUCGGCCUACACUGGUGCCGACAUCAUCUGCCACCGCGACUCCAAGAACGCUGCCUUGACCGCCAAGGUUGCCGCCGGUGACAAGCUCCAGAUCUUCUGGGACACCUGGCCCGAGUCCCACAAGGGCCCCGUCAUCGACUACCUCGCCUCGUGCGGUGACGACUGCUCCACCGUCGACAAGACCUCGCUCGAGUUCUUCAAGAUCCAGGAGGCUGGUCUCACCAGCGGCAGCUGGGCUUCCGACGAGCUCAUCGCCAAGAACUUCUCCUGGGAGGUCACCAUCCCCACCUCCCUGAAGCCCGGCAAGUACGUCUGGCGCCACGAGAUCAUUGCUCUCCACUCCGCCGGCCAGGAGGACGGCGCCCAGAACUACCCCCAGUGCCUCAACAUCGAGGUUACCGGCUCCGGCUCUGAGCUCCCCGCCGGUACCAAGGGUACUUCCCUCUACACCCCUACCGACGCCGGUAUCCUCGUCUCCAUCUACAACAACCUGGACUCUUACGAGAUCCCCGGCCCCAAGCUCCCUGCUGCCUUUGGCGGCUCCGGCUCUGGUUCCGGCUCCUCCGCCGCCCCGGCUCCCACCUCCACGGCUGCUCCCGUUGCCUCCGCCCCUGCCGUCACCUCUGCCCCUGCCGCUGCCACCACCACUGCUGCCGCUGAGGCUGCCGUCACCUCCGCUCCUGCCUCUGCUCAGCAGCCCGCCCCUACCGGUGGCGCUACUGCGCCCACCUGCGAGGAGAAGCGCCGCCGCCGUCUGGCUCGCCGCAUGGCUCGCCAGCACGCCCGCGACGUUGUCCGCCGCGUCUAA